ACUUGGAUGACCAAAUGGAGCCACCCGCAAAAAUCGAGAUAUCGCCCAGUAUUGUGAAACACACUCCAGAUGUAUCACGAAUUGCGGAUCCUACUGAAGUCGAUUCAGACACUCCGCGUAGACAUAGAACAUGAUAAAACGAUGCUUAAUAAUAUUGAGAGCGGUGAUGUUGAAGAUUUAUACGGUGGUACAAUUCAGAAUCUGAGAGGAGCCCUCGAUAGUUAUCUUGAAUACCUGACACGGGAGUAUAGUGCAAUGCAGGACAUCGUUGCAACGACCAAAAAAUUGAUCGACAAGUAUGAUGACCAGUCGUACCUCGGUACAUUGAACGCGCUUAAGAUAGAAGUCGAAGUUGGGAUUGGACUAAUCUACGAAAGAACAGCUUUAAAGACCACGCCACUCUUGAGUGAAGCCGAAGCAAAGUCGUAUGCCCAGGCGAGGAUGAAUUUUUUUUCAUUCCUUGAACGUCUCAAGGAUGACUACAGAAAUGACAUCAGGUUCAUUAAUAAAUAUGGAAGGGUCAGGAUGGAAAUGGUGGAACGACACCUCGGUGAGAUGACCCUGGCCAUCAAGAGGGCGUGGAAUCAAUAUACUCUUCAUGUGACUCUUAUCGAUGCUGAACAUAUGGAAUGGAAAGAGCUUCGCGAUACAUUGAAAGAUACACUCGCCGAAAAAGCACACUGUGAGGAUAAAUAUGAGGUACUCCUAGUUGGAAGAUCGCAAACGGAAAGAACGUGCAGCCAAAAAGAAGAAACGUGCUACUGAGGCAGACGAUGACAAGAAGACUGAAGAUGAAG